AAAUUCAUAGGUCCAUGAUUUUAGAAACCUUGUGCUCACUGUUCCUCCCAAAAAUGAUUUUGGCAUCACUGGAUUAAGAAGUCAUUGGCUAAUUUUCACAACUUUCCUGCCAAAUCGUUAUGAAGGGAGGUUAGGUUAUCUAUGUUGUGCAAUUUAUAGUGUUAUUUGUUGGUACAUCUUUCUUUGACUCUGAAAAUUUGGUUUUUCUCUGACUCACUGAGUCAACCAUGGUCUUAUUCAAGCCAAAUUGAUAUUCUGACUUGAGGCAAUUUUGCUUUACUCUUUUGGUUUGUGUUUGGUUUUAAUAUAUGAGGCUUUCGCUCUUGGAAAUUGACAGAUCAGGGGCCUCUGGUGGCAGUAACAAAUUAGAUCCUAUAUCCUCUCCCGCUGGUUCUAGUGGUCGUACAACCUUCAAAAAUGAACAAGAAAAAUCAAUACUCUCAAGGGAUCUUUCUGCUGGACCAACUAAAGAGCGGCCCUUAGGACGAGUAAACGUUAGGAUGAAUAGUCGUGAGGACAACCAUGCCACUGGUCCUGGUCCGAUAUUAAAAGGGAAGGCCUCAAGGGCACCACGAAGUGGCUCUAUGGUCGCAGCUCAUUCAGCUUCUAACAAGAGAAUGGCAAUGGCCUACCAUCACUGA